AUGUCGGGAUUGAGGAGAUACGAGGUGGCGCUGGAGGCGGAGGAGGAGAUCUACUGGGGUUGCUUCUACUUUUUCCCCUGGCUGCGCAUGUGGCGGAGGGACAGGAGCUCGGCGCAUCCGCGGGAGCAGAAGUUGGAGCCUCUGCGAGGCCUGAUGAGCUGUCUGUCAAGCGGACUGGGCCCUGCCCCCCAGCGCUCGGGUCGCGGCCUCCCUCGCCGCACCCCCGCCGCCACUGCCCAGCCAGCCGGUGCAUUAAAGAUUUAA